UCUAUACUUGUACUAGACUCGUUAAAUAACUAUUAGUGUUUUUCAACUAGCAAGCAAUAGAAGCGCUAGUGCAACCGUAAUGAAAAUUUCGCUGGGCUCAUUUUGACGGUCAACAAGGUACAUAUGCAAAACUGGUAAAACUGAGCCAGCGUCAGCCAACCGGGCAUGUCAGUAUGUAAUCGGCGACACAACCACAUCAAAUGAACCUGAGUUGAUUCUUUUUGUUGUUCUUCGUCCUUGUGUCGCCCAAUGUCUGGUUAACAUCGCGCGUUCAGGCGUGUUUGGUCACCUGCGUUUGUUUGGGGAACGACAUUCAAUGAGCAUCUAGCUAAGUAGUACAUACAUAGUUCUGGGAUAAACUAAUCGAAAAUGUCCGUCAAUCGAACAGAGGUGAAUAAAACAGUCUGGGAGGUGCCUGAUAGGUAUCAGAACCUGGUGUCAGUGGGAUCAGGUGCUUAUGGACAAGUUUGUGCAUCAUUGGACACAAAAACAAAUAUGAAAGUUGCCAUAAAGAAGCUGGCACGUCCGUUUCAAUCAGCAGUGCAUGCAAAACGUACUUAUCGCGAAAUUAAGUUGCUCAAGCACAUGAAGCAUGAGAAUGUUAUUGGCCUCCUUGAUGUGUUCUGUUCACAGUAUGACAGUGAUCAAGUUAGUUAUGUUCAUUUUAUUUACUACCCAUCUAAAUUUAAUGAAAUUUUCCAGAUAUAUUUGGUAACACACCUAAUGGGAGCAGAUCUGAAUACAAUUAUACGUACACAACGAUUAUCUGAUGAGCAUGUACAGUUUUUAGUUUACCAAAUCCUAAGAGGCCUUAAAUAUAUACAUUCAGCUGGAGUGAUUCACAGAGAUUUAAAACCAUCAAAUAUUGCAGUGAAUGAAGACUGUGAGUUGAAAAUUCUAGAUUUUGGGCUUGCUCGUCCGACUGAGAGUGAAAUGACCGGCUAUGUUGCCACUAGAUGGUACAGAGCUCCGGAAAUUAUGUUGAAUUGGAUGCACUACAACCAAACUGUUGAUAUUUGGUCUGUGGGAUGCAUUAUGGCUGAGUUUAUAAACUCUAAACAACUGUUUCCAGGAAGGGAUCAUAUUCAUCAGUUAAAUCUUAUCAUGGAGAUUCUCGGCACACCGAGUGAAGAAUUCCUGUCGAAGAUUACAUCGGAUAGUGCACGCGGAUACAUACGAUCAUUACCACCAACACACAAAAAAGAUCUCCAUUCAGUAUUCCCACGCGCCAGUCCGCUUGCCAUCGACUUGCUGGAGAAAAUGUUGGAACUGGACAGCGAUAAGCGUAUUACUGCCGAGCAGGCGUUGGCUCAUCCUUACUUGGAGCAGUACGCCGAUCCACGCGAUGAGCCUGUCUCAGCACCGUACGACCAAACCAUUGAAAACCAGGAUCAUCCGGUUGAAAAGUGGCGAGAUUUGGUUAUGGAAGAAAUCCGUACAUUUAUUCCACCCAUACUUGACAACGAUUCACAUGAGGCUGGUAAUUGAUCCAUUAUCAAUUUAUCUAGAGGCAGCACUGUUGUAAUAUCUACUAAAAAGAGAAGCAAAUAAUAUAGAUAUAUUUUUAGCCCUCAAAUCAUUGUUGAAGCUCAAAAACGAAAAAAAAAUCCAUCAAACUGUUAAUAUUUUGUUGUAUAACAAGUUGCGUAUAUUUUUACUGAAAGUUUAUUUUUGUGUUACUGCUAUAUAUUUUUUUGUUCUGCAAAAUUAAGUUCAAAUGCUUUGUUUCAAUAUAAUUUAUGUAUUGUAUGUACAACUAAAUUUGAUUAAGAGUAUUUACAUUCUUAUACUA